UACAUAACAAAUUACAAACAUGGGUUCGAAGACUUUUCUUUUACUUGGCCUUUCUUUGGCCAUUGCUCUUCUCAUCAGCUCAGAGGUCUCCGCUAGAGACCUCGCUGAGACUGAGAAUAACAAUGUUGCAGCAACUAUCGAUGGUCACGGAGGCGGUGGCGGUGGUGGUCACGGAGGCUGCCCUCACGGAUGGUGUGGGCGUCAUUGCUGCAAAGAUGCCGCUGAGGCUGAAGAAGCACAAGACACCGAGGAAAAGGAUGUUGCAGGAUACGGAGGUGGAGGUCACGGAGGCGGUGGUGGUGGUGGUGGUGGUGGUGGUCACGGAGGCUGCCCUCACGGAUGGUGUGGUCGUCACUGCUGCAAAGAUGCCGCAGAGGCUGUAGAAGCAGAGGUUGCUAACAUCAAGGCCGAGGAAAAUCCUAUGCAAUACCACGGAGGCGGUGGUGGUGGUGGAGGAGGCUCCCAUGGUGGUUGCCGUAGAUGGUGCGGCCGUCACUGCUGCAGUUAUGCUGAUGAAGUUGAGGAUGCAGAGCAAAACAGUUUAGCAGAUACCGACGGUAAAUACCACGGAGGCGGUGGCUGGAACCAGGGAGGAGGCUAUCACGGAGGUGGUGGUGGAUACAACCAGGGAGGAGGCUACCACGGAGGCGGUGGUGGAUACAACCAGGGAGGAGGCUACCACGGAGGCGGUGGUGGAUACAACCAGGGUGGAGGCUAUCACGGAGGCGGUGGGGGAUACAACCAGGGUGGUGGCCAUGGAGGCGGUUGCCCUCAUGGAUGGUGUGGCAGACACUGCUGCUAAGCUGGUCAGACCGCGGAGACUCAGAACUAGAAACAUAAUACAUAGUUUCAUGUUACAUGCAUGCGCGGCGUGCAUGAGUCUUAACCUGAGUGUGUAAUUACGAUGAAUAAAGGAAUCAAUGUACUACUUCUCUCGAAUUAGUAUAUGAAUAAAAUCUCUUUUCUUAA